GGAUCGAAUCCGCUCUCGACGGGUCCUCCAGUGGCUUUGGCUCGGACUUGGCCGAAAUAACCAGUGCUUUGGCGAGCCCUGAACGUGGGCGGCGGUCGAACAGGAGGCGAAUCGCUCACUCCUGAUGAGGGCGAUCAGCCUUUGGUUAUUCGUUGCUGUUAGUUUGGACCCCGUCUGUGGACAGUACAGUAACAUCUACGGGCUUGUCCAGCCAUACAUUCAGGAAUUUCGGAGGCCACAACGACCUCAUCAGGACUGGAUUUAUUCAGGAAAAUUCCAAGGCGAUAUCGAUGGCAUCGAUCCAAGGAUGCUCAACGGGCCUGCUGGCUUUGUUUUCUUCAACGCUCUUAAGAACAAACAGCUAACUUGGAAAAAUGCAAUUAUUCCCUACGAAAUGGACCCAGCAUUCUCUGAUUACGAAACGAAACUAUUGGAGCAAGCCUUCGCUAGCUAUCAUAAGAACACUUGCAUUCGAUUCCAGAGGAGAAACGGUGAAAAAGAUUUCUUGAAUAUUGUGAAAGGAUUCGGAUGCUAUUCCCAAGUUGGAAAAACUGGCGGUAAACAAGAAAUUUCACUGGGUAGAGGAUGCCUAUUUCAUGAGAUUAUCGUUCAUGAGCUAAUGCAUUCUGUUGGAUUUUGGCACGAACAUAGUCGAGCAGAUCGCGACGAACACAUAAACAUCCUUUGGGAGAACAUCCUACCCGGAAUGAAGUCACAGUUUGACAAAAUCUCCGCGGCUCUGCAGGAUACUCAAGGAGAAAAAUACGAUUAUCGAUCCAUUAUGCAUUACGACUCGACGGCAUUCUCUCGAAAUGGGCGAAACACCAUCGAAACAGUUGAAGAAGGGUUUACGGACAUUAUCGGCAGUGCCACCGACCUAUCUCAACUGGACAUCGUCAAAAUCAACAAACUAUAUCGUUGCCCUGCUGUGCCGAAGAACAUACCAAAAUCUAUAUCGAAAUCUGGGCAAGGUGUUGGUCCUCCUAAAGAUAAGUGUCACGACCAUUUUGCGGAUUGUCCACACUUCCAACAGUACUGCCAGCGCGCAUCGUUCUUCUUCGUAAUGAAAAGCUAUUGUCCGCUAACAUGCGGUCACUGUAAACCGUCACAUCUUUAA